AUGGACGCCUCACCAAUCAACCGUCUACCACAAGACACACUCCACCAGAUCUUCUCCUCUCUCCCACUUCGUCAAAUCAUGAUUUGCAGACCCGUGUGCAAGUUCUUCAAUCAAAUGUUGACCUCACCAUCCUUCAUGGACCUAAUCUCAACCCAACCCCCACUCCGCUUCCUCGCUCUCCGCCCUCCACAUCACCACCACCAUCAUCAAAGACAUAAUAGUCAUGUCUCCUCUCUUCCUUACCUCCACGUCUUCGAUCCAGACCAGAAUCAAUGGCUCAGAUUUAGUCUCAGCUUUUUACCUUUCAGGUCACCUCACCCUGUCGCCUCAGCGAGUGGACUCGUUUACCUCUGGGGUGAGUCACUUAACUCGCUGGAGUCAAACAGGUCGCUCGUUGUCUGCAACCCCCUGACCCGCCAAUUUCAGGUGCUACCCCAGCUUGGCUCGGCCUGGUCACGACACGGAUCUGUACUGGUCGACUCAGUGAACCACCGAGUCAUGGUAUUAACUGAACUCGCUGCUUUAUAUUUCUCAAACACAAACAAAACAAACUCGUGGUUAACUUUCUCUGCGAAUUUACCAUCAAAACCCAGAAGCCCAAUUUUAAUAUCGGACUCGGUUUUCGCUUUAUGUGAUGUUGGGUCUCCGUGGAGAUCUCAAUGGAAGCUAUUUACCUGUACUCUGUCGAAUCUUAACAAUAGUUAUAAUAACUGGGUUUGUUUAGAAAGGCAUGAGUGGGGAGAAAUUUUUGAUAUUAUUAAACGACCACGUUUGGUUCGUGGAAAGCGGAAUAAAUUGUUGAUGAUUGGAGGGUUAAAGUCGAAUUUUUCGUUGAAUCCUUCAUGUUCGACGAUAUUGAUAUUGAGGUUGGAUUUGGAGAGAUUGGAAUGGGAGGAGGCAGGGCGAAUGCCUGUGGAGAUGUACAGGAGUUUUCAGGAAUCAAGUAAGUUGAAGGUUUUUGGUGGUGGGGAUAGGGUUUGUUUCUCAGCGAAGAGAGUGGGGAAGUUGGCUUUGUGGGAUGAUUGUGAUGGUGUGGUUUGGAGGUGGAUUGAAGGAGUGCCUGGAGGUGGAGAUGGGCUUUGUCGAGGGUUUGUGUUCGAGGCUUGUCUUACUGCAUUGUCUUGA